ACACAAGCAAGAACUAGCACUUGUUCACCAAUUAAGAUUUCAAGAGAAACUGUUUGGAAAAUGGGUUCCAAGAGUUUUUCCCUUAUCCUCUCCCUUAACCUCCUUUUCUUUUCCAUGGUUAGCUCCAGCAGUAGCUAUGAACCACCAUCACCAUCCCCCUCUAUCUCACCAACGCUUUCACCCUUUAACUCACCAUUGUCAUUACCGUCACCAUCCCCCAUCUCUCUAGAACCUUCACCUUCUGACUCACCAUCACCUUCACCCUCUAAGUCACCAUUGUCAUCACUGCCACCACCCCCAGCCUCACCAGCAGCUUCGCCUUCUGACUCACCAUCCCCGGUCUCAUCACCAUCUCCACCAUCUAACUCACCAUCACCAUUAUCGCCACCAUCCCCUGUCUCACCAGCACCUGCACCCUCUAACUCACCAUCCCCAUCACCUCCACCACCCUCGAUAUCACCAGCACCUUCACUCUCUAACACACCACCACCACCACCACCACCUCCAGUUUCAUCACCACCACCACCACUGGUUUCAUCACCACCGCCACCACCACCUCCAGUUUCACCACCACCACCACCACUGGUUUCAUCACCACCGCCACCACCACCUCCAGUUUCACCACCACCUAGAAACUGUCCCAAUCUGCGCUUUUGCACCAAUAUUUUGGGCGGGAUAAAUAUUCCUGGGUUUCCAGCAACAACCAGGGAAUGCUGCACCCUCAUCAGUGGUCUAGUUGACUUUGAUGCUUCUUUUUGCCUUUGCACCCAAAUCAGGGCAGGUAUCAUUGGAAUCAACAUCAACCCAAACAUUGGUGUGAACCUAGUGUUAAACGCCUGUGGAAGACGUCGCAACACAACCACCAACCCUUGCAAUUAAGAGUAGAAUAUGUAUGCAUGACAUCCAUCAUCAUAUUCUCUCUUGUCAAUUUACUUAAUUCUUAUCAUGCUCUUUGUUUUUGAAUAUUUCAAGUUAAGGACGUUACGUUACCAUUCGUGCCUGCUACAUAUGUAUACAUAUGCCAGUGGACACUAUAAUAUUACCAAUAAAAUAACAUCCAUGAAUAAUACUGUUACAAUUGUACUGUUUUUCGUCUCGUGUAUCGGGGGAUCUUAUCUUUCCUCCUCGAUCGUUAUCUUUGUUAAUUUCUAGUCUAAAGUUGUUCAAUAAAACUCCUUUGUUCAAGUGGU